AGGUUUGGCCAUGUAUCCUGGAGGCGCAUCAUUUCACGAGGAGCUGCUCAAACGCCGGAAGGCCAACACCUACAAGGAGAGGCGCAAAGAAGGCCGCACCGUGCACACCAAAGCGUCCAAGACCGCCAUCACAGUGGCAUCCAUUGCGCUGGUCUUCAAUGCCAUGGCGAUUGCCAUGCCGCACUGGAGGACCAGUUGGGUGGCUUUGAUUGGGUAUGGUGGAAGAAGGCAUUGGGGCUUGCUUGCAGUUCAAGGGCGAAAGAUGCAAUUUCACCACACGAUGUUUGAGGACAACUGUAAAUGGUACGGCCACUUGCUCUUGGGCAAUGCCUGUCUUUCUCCGAUUUGCAAAUGGUACUUGCUCAAAUGCAACACAUACUUCGACUUCUGCAUUUACAGCUACAGUGCUGCGUUUGUGAUUGUCCUGGGAUUCAUUGUCCAUGUGCUCUGCCUGAUUUGGACCUGCUUCUUGACAGGCCGAUCCUUAAGAUGGGCCUCCACCUGGUGGCCGGUGGCUGCUAUGCUCCAUUUGGGUGGUUCAGUCUUCUGGAUUAUCGUCACAGAGGGCAUCUUCGAUCAGCUGGAUGAAGAGUCCUGGUAUCCGAUCCCAACGCCUGGGGCCGCCUUCUUCCUGGCUUGUGUGGGUGGUCUGGGUCAGCUGGUGUGCGUUUGGCUGGGCUUCAGCCUGAAAUCGAUGUGGCCGGAGGUGGAUCCGGACGACCCGAGCCAGUUCAUCACGGACUCGGAGAAGUCCGAGGAUGAAGAUGAUGUUGCAGCCUAUGAGGAGGCCAUGCCAGAAAUGACCAAAGCGCCCAUGCCCGGCCCUGCGAUGCCGGCCACAAUGCCGGAACUGCCUCAAGGAGGAGCUGCAACUUACUCGGCUGGGUCACCUGCCGCUGAGUCGACUCCGGAGAAGCCACAGCGUCAGUGGUACUACCAAGACAACAAUGGGGAUGAGCAGGGACCGUUCCCCGAAUCCAUGAUGAUUGGCUGGCACAGCCAGGGCUCCUUCACCAGCGAUCUUUUGAUCAGGCGUGAAGAUGAGACCGACUUUGCACCCUUGGGAGAUGGCAUCCGCUUGAGGUCGUGAGGUGGUGCCGGGUUGUGAAGCAACGGCGCUGGAGACCGAGCCCCAA